UCACGCUACGCUUAGCUGAGAGCUCAGAAGAGUGUGCGUAGCUUCGGCUUUGUAGACGUUCGGGCAUUACAAGACAUCGAGGAACGAAGGAAGCUCUGUGGAAGGCAGCUAUGGAGACAGCCAUGGCGACUGGCGUGAGGUACAAAGCAGCGCUUGCACUGGCAAUGAUAUGUGUGUUCGUAGUCGUCGCAGGGGCCGUGGGCCGCAAAACCGAGACGGGCGAACGGCGUCUCGAGUACACUGAACGCCAUGAGGUUCUGAAGUCUGAGGGAGGGUCGGUGUCGAUGUGGGCAGAGUCGUUCGAGCACAUAGCUGACGCAGGUAGAAGGGUUUCGGCGGCGCACCUUACGCUGGAGGAGGAUGGCUUCUUGCUUCCUAGCUAUUCGUCGGGCCAUCACGUGAUCUACGUGCUUGAAGGCUCAGCAUACGCAGGAUUGAUGACGCCGUGGGGUAUCCCGGCAACGCUUCGGAGACUGAAGAAGGGGGAGAUGUUGGUAGUUCCGCAUGGCUGGGUGUCGUGGAUUUGCAACCAUCACCAGGAGGGCGGUCAGAGCACAACUCAUCGCCACGAGAGCGAGAGGGAGGGCGGUCAGACGUCCACCUUUAAGGCGUUGGUUGUUACGGAUUUCCCAGCACCACUGGCGAGCGAGAAGGGUGGGAAGACUGAGACGGACGGGUGCUAUUUCUUGGCGGGAGCCUCGAAGCGGGAGGGCGCAGGGUGCGCAGGGCACGGUGGCGUUCUUCACGGGUUUAGUAAGGACGUGCUCACCCAAGUGUGGGGAGUGGACGAGUCAGAUGUGGAGAAACUACUUCAUUCGCAGAAGGGGUUGGGGAUCGUGAAGGUGAGUAAGACUCAGCAUCCGGAGUUGUGGGAGCGGUUCGUGAGUAAACUGUCACACAUGGAAAUGCUGAGCGACGUAUCUAGCUUCGUGGAUGGGCUCGCGCACACCAAGCGGCACGGAGGUGACCACCGAGAGCAGGGAAGCGCCGCUUGGUUCUUGGGAGAUUUCACCUACAAUGUCGAGGCAGCGACUCCUGCGGACCGCAAUGAAGGCGGUGAAAUUCGGCUCGUUAACAAAGAACUGCUGCCAGCGCUCGGAAAGUUUGGCCUGAGUUUCUCUCUCGCAGUCGGUAGACUCGAGAAGGGCGCAGUGAGGGUCCCAGCAUGGUCUGUCAAUGCUCACAUGAUUGUGCACGUGACCAGCGGUAGCGGGCGGAUUCAGAUCGUCCAUCCGGACGGCAGCAACGCUCUGGACACCCACUUGCAUGCCGGGUCUGUCGUUGUCAUCCCGCGUUUCUAUCCGUCGGUGAAGGUCGCCUCGAAGGAUGAAGGCCUCGAGUUCGUCGGUGUGAUGACGUCUUCGCGGCCGUUUUGGAGCCAUCUUGCCGGCCGUACUUCCUUGCUUAGCAACAUGCCGGAGCGCGUCGUCGAAGAGGCGUUCAACAUUCCCAGUGAUCUUGUGAAGAAACUGCGCCACCGGAGGGCGCAGUACUUCGUCAUUCUGCCGCCGCCAAGUUAUCAGAAAGAGGAGCAGGAGGAGAAGCAGUUGUAGAGGAAGCCGCUCGUCAAAUGAGGAGCGCGAAGGACAGAUGCAACGGCAAAUGAGGACGAAGGAGAGAUGUAACGUUAACUUGGCGAAGCAUCCGGCAGUAGCGGCAGGUAUAGAUUUGUGUGUCGUUAGAUGUGUAUGUCGUUGAGUCACGACACUUGGGACACUCGCAAUAAAUGCACUCGACGCACUUUGGUCAGCAAUCCACCAUGUGAUUGAUUGCGCAUGUUAUUGACCAAAUGAUAGGCAACCGGGGCCGUGUAUAUGGUGAUGGCGUAAAAGUGCUAAGACCGUCUAUCUUCUUCUUGUAUAAUAAGUAAUGUGAAGAGUGCAAUGGUGACGGGCGUGAGAGUGACCAGACGCUCCCUUUUGUAUAUUAGGUAGUUUAGGAAGUUAGGGGACCGUUCGUCUUGUAUAUUAGGUAAUUUGGGAGGCCGUGAUGUCAUCCUCUUGGCGGUUGUAGAUGAGUGGAUGUUUUUGAUGCCGUGUACACGUGAAUCUGCAUCUGGAGUGAGUUGCGAAUCCGUGCAGAUUGGGCGUUGAAGAUGGGUACAAGUAGGAUAGUGCACUCCCGGUAGUACCUGUGGUGGUGCGACGGUCAAACGCAGUGUUGGCUUAGCUGUUUUAAGUGCCUAGUAGCUGUGGUGGUGCAUCGAUCAAACGCAGUGUUUGCGUAGCUGCGAACGAGGCUUUGCCGGCUUUUUAGUGUACAAUGCUUGAAGUCGAGUGUACCCUACGGUUGACUCUUGAAGUCGAGUGUACCCGACGGCUGAUUCAUGAAGUCGAGUGUACCCUACGGUUGACUUCGUCGGUGUAUGCUGCUUUUUUUAGCUGUUAGUCGGUUUGUGUGUUGAGUCGUGUCGACUGCCUAGUGUUUGACAUGAUAGGGAGCCUUGCAGCUGACUUGCUGCUGUGUGACGUGCUUGUCGAUGUUUUGCGAUCGCGUCUGCUGUGUUGGCAGUGUGGAGCCUACAAAACGACGUGAUGAUUGGUUAGAGAUUUAAGUGAUACAGGGAGGGACACAUGCUGGGCCCCUGCAUGAGUGGGCGGGAAAUUUGACUUUGUCGUUUCGUUCUUUUUUUGUUGUGGAGUCGGAGGCGGGUCCGAGUAUGACAUCAGCCUUUCGAUCGGAAGGUACAUCGUAUUGUGGAUCAUAACAGGAACCUGCAAAACGACAUGAUGAUUGGUAAGAGAUCAAAUGAUAUAGGGAGGGACACAUUCUAGCCCCCUCCAUGAGUGGGCAGGAAGUGGACUUUGUCUUUUUUUGGAUCAUAACAGGAACCUACAAAACGACGCGAUGUUUGGUAAGAGGUUAAGUGAUACAGGGAGGGACACAUGCUGGGCCCCUCCAUGAGUGGGCGCAGGGCGGGAAAUCGACUUUGUCUUUGUUUGUUUUUUUUGUUGUCGUUCAGUCGAAGGCAGGUCCUAGAAUGACAUCAGCGUUUCGAUCAUAAAGUUCAUCGUUUUGUGGAUCAUAACAGCUUCCCUUUGAAAUUCUGAAGUGUGGUGAAGGAGGAUUUCGUGUCGGAGUAUAACAUCUGUUUCUCUCGUAAGUUUGCUUGUGUUUUGGCACAGAACGGUGUAUCAUGUGGGGGUUGUGCUGACAAAGAGGAUGGGAUUAAGCUCCUGCAUCUCGAUGUAUUUUCAACAGAGAUGGAGGAGCCAAAUAUCGCUUCGGAGUAUAGCAUGUGUGUGUCUCUCGUAAUUUUCCUUGUGUUUUGGCAACACGGAAUAGUGUAUCCUGUGGGGUCGUCGGGAUUGUGUCGGAGACAGGAGUACAACAUCAGACAGUGUUCUCUCGAAAUAUUGUGGCACUAAUUGUUUGUGAACUUUGUGUAUCCUGUGGGGCGACGUCCUGCUAGGUAAGGUGGUUUGAUUGAGCCCAUGGAUCUGGAUGUGUUUUCAGCGGAGAUGCAGAAAAGCAGUUCAAUCUCGAUUUCUGCACUUAGCACAAACACUUCCAGAUUCAGGUGUUCAAUCCGGUCGUCUUUGCUGGUGCCCUUACGUGGUUGGACAGUGAAGAAACGUAGUAGCAAGGACGUGGAGACUCGCUAACUUGGAUCAAGUCGGUUCAUCCCUAUGAGAUGGAUGUCGCGAGUUCUCGAGUUUGUGUUCCGUUUUGUACAUCUUGCGGUAGAUGAGCGUUGUUUGAAGGUAUCUAUCCGCCGAGAAGAUGAAUUGGGAUUGUAUCAUAUGAGUAGUAAGCUGUUGGAACGUGGUGGCGUUUCUGUCCCAUUUUAGUGAUUCCGCGUCUGAAGUCUGCUGGAGCGGGUGCUGGUGGUUACCAUAUUUGAGUUUUCAAAGCGGUGUUCAGCAUGAAAAGAGAAAAAAAACGUAAUAUGGGAUGGUACCGUGGUAGUGGUUGCGAUACGGAUUUUGAAAGGGGUGUUCAGUUCGAAGAGGGAAAAGAAAGGCAUAUGCAAUGGAAGAUGUUUCCUGAAGGUUAUCGAACAGAUUACGCUUCUGAAGUCGGCUGUAGGCUGCUGGGGGAAGUGGUGGUUGCAAUGGCUCGGGGUUUGGACGCGCGGUGUUCACGAUUAGAAAAACAGAAACAGAUUACACUUCUCGAGUCUGCGGGAGGAGGAACUACUGUACACCGGACAGCGCUUCAGAAGUUAUAUGUGAAACAGACGACUUGGAAAACGGGCCACGAAUUGCUGAGGGCUUAGCAAUUUACGGUGUGUUGGUAAAUAUUCCGCUGGCUUGUUGAAAUUUGAUUGGUUGCACAUCGCUGGUCUGUGUUAUGAUUGGCAUGGAAUGUGGGAUGAUACAGCAUGCCCGAAGCCUUCUGAAGAGGAGAAGAGGAACAGAACUGUGAAGUUCUUCGAGUUUAGCGAGCCAGAAGAGCAGAGCGAAUAGCAGACUGGUUUAUCGGGCCAGAAGAGCAGAGCGAAUAGCAGAUUGGCUGCAGAAAAUGAAGUACCAUAGGUAGU